UCAAUCCCCCUUCGUUGCUCACUCGGUACUCCAUCUCUCUGGAUGGAAGGAACCCGUUCGAGAGACAAUGGCAGAGAUGAUCCCGAUUAUCCCGAUUUUGGGAUCUUGUGUUUCUGCGGAGAACCAUCACCAUUGAGAAAAUCUACCACACAAAAGAACCCAGGUCGAAGGUUCUUCGGCUGUGCAAAGUAUAAGACGAAAAAAGAAGAUUGUGGGUUCUUCUGCUGGUAUGAGCCUUCUAUUUGGCAAGAAAGGAGUGAUUUGGGGCAAAUGAAAGUUCUGACAAAUGCAAAGGAUUUAACGACUGUGGAAGAACAACAAUGUGAGAGUUUAGGGUCCAUGAACAUCAAUGAAGAAAUUGAGAUGAAGAUUGAAGCUAUGCAGAAGGAGAUUCAUGAGUUAUAUGCUAGAAAAGAGUUUAGGAAUGAGGGAAAAAUGGACUGGAAGUUGGUUUGCUUUGUUGUUUUUUUCUGUUUUUUGUGGUACAUGUACAAAGCUUGAAGUUCAGGCAAUGACUUGGCUCUGCCUCUGCCUUAAAGCCCUGUUGUAUUGCAAUUUCAAAG